AUUAUGACUUAUUAGAAGUUAACAUCUUACACUUCCACAUUGUAAGAUCUGAGAUGGUUGAAUACAAUUUUGACAGGUUGUAUCUUGAAGACACUUUGAUGAUGGAGUUCAGAAUUUAUUUCAGACAACAUGAAGAUCAUGCAUGGCAGAAUCCACGAUUUAUGACUUCGAAAUCAACGUCAUAG